AAUGCGCAUGCUUCGUUACUAGACACAUGAAGUGACGCAGACGUCUCAAUCUCAACUAUUCGUUCUCCUCAACUCUAUCCAAACUUGCGUCAUGUGUUGCUGAUGGCUUUGUUAUUAAUUGAUCUGCUGGCGUUGUAUGAGAGAGUUGUGUGGUAGUUGGGGUUGUGAUUGCAAGGCGUGGGUCAUUUCGGUGGACAUGAGCAGCGCUCACGGAUCAUCCAGGAUGCGAGGCCACAGUUCACACAAUUUGGGCAGACAUCUCGCUCCAGAGAAACCCCAUGAACUAAUACCAGAUUAUUAUGCCGGCUCAACGGGCAUAUCCAAUUGGAAUGGAUUGCAACUAAGUGGCAGCGCUUGUAACAAGAGUACGAGCUUUUUGGAGAGUAGUCUGUCUUCGAACAUGUCGUCUGGCACAGUACCAGGAGGCAGAAGGAGUUUGUCUCAUUCACACUCGGGAUCUCAGGGGUGGACGUCCGGCACGGGCAGCGAACUGUCGUAUGAUGAUGUAACGGAAUUCGAUCGUCAAGCAUCAGCGAAAGUUAAACAGAUGUUUGACGACAUCAACAACGCUUUAUACGACCAAAGCACGUCCGCAGUCAAAGGCCAGAUGCCGAUCAGUUCCGAAUGUGCCGAAUGGCAGACGAGAUUUCUUCACCUCAGGGUUGUUGGGUCGCGUAUGGACUAUACAAGUGGACCAGACGACGAAUUCGAUAUGCUCUCAUUUAUGUGCCAUUACCCUCCUCCCCUAACUCGUAACGACUACAGCGAGACGUUGCUCGAGGAUGUGACCGCCGAGGAGUCGCACGGUCUAAUGUCUCCCAGUCUCUCUGAUGUAAAUAAACUGCAAAUUCAAGGAAAGAAAAUUAAACUAAAACAAUUACCUAAAACGGGAACCAUUGAAUGGAAUGCUUUGUAUGAAGAAGUGAUUGUUCAGGAUGGCAACUAUGAAGAAUAUAUUGUAUUUGAUAGCAGCGAAAUAGAAGCAACUCCAAAGAAAGAUCUAUCGUGUAGACAGCGAAGAUUCGGCUUGCCUCCCGUCACACCAAAUGCUUGUGUAAGAGACACGGCGGUCAGUCAGUUGUUUGAUCGCAGUUGGAGUGACAUCUUACUGACAUUGAGACCAUUACUGGAUUUGUACAAAAUGAAAGUUUUAGCUAAGGAGGACUUUGCUCCUGUGGAUAGUACACCGACGCCGACUCCGGAUGACGUGUUUUCUCAGACUGUACAGAGUGAUCACAUCACGGGUGGAUUCGGUCGAAUGCUGGCUGCAAAUUCAGUGUCGCAGCUACGGUUCAGGACUCUUUCAUAUGGCAACAACUCUCAGUCUAGCGGGAUGGUUGGUGAUGUAUCCGAUCUACACGAAGUCAUGACGAUUACACACGUUCCUCUGAGACAACGACAAUCGUCGGGACUCCAUCAGCUGGGAAGUAGAGAAGGCACGCCAUCUACAGCAGCACGGAGCCACGAGGCAACGGGAAGACUCACUCGACUCGGAACGGGUCAUUUGUUAUCCAGAGUGUCCGAUCAUCAGCUGCCGUCUACAAUGCGGUCUUUCAUUGUCAAACCCAAAAGGGUACAAAUGUUGAAACCAUUGGAGCGCUCAAGGACUCCUUUGUUGCUGGAUGACUUAGAGGUGUUGCGCGGUCACAGACUCCAAACAGGUCCAGAUCGACUCGGAACACCCUCAACACCCAUCUGGGGUGGUCGGAACCAUCCACUACCACCGAUUGAAAACACGUAUGGACGGAUAGAACAGAGUGAACAACCAUCUCCUCCUCAACGCAAGAGCAGUCCUAGAAGUCGAGUCAAGUUUUCUAAUCGAAUAUCGAGCGCGGCGGAAAUCAUAGAAAACAAUAGGAUUUUGAACCUGAAAUUUAUGAGUCACGACAGUCGCCCGAACACGACACAUGCGUCACCAUCUGAUUUUGAUGUGUCUAAAGCGAACACUCGUCGAUCUUCUACUCCACACAGCAAUGCAGUUCUAACGCCUCACAGCUCUCGACACGGGAUAACCACGAGUGGAUCGUCGCCUCAUAAGGGGUUAACGGGCAUGAGUCUGCAUCCUCAGAUGAGAGAGAACGCGUACAAUCGGUCGAUGGUAUCACAUCUCGGCGCAGCUGGUCUCGAUAUGUUGUUGACGGAAGAAGAUGACGAAACGGAUGUCGCCAGAAACUUGUGGCCACACCAUACUCAAGGACAGCAGAAUCACUUUUCCGGUGGACGGAAACAGAGGAGUACAUUGAGAUGAAGCGCUGCUUCGCGUAAGGAAUUUAUUGAUUGCCAGAGACUGGCAGGAGGUUAUACCACACACACUCUCAUACAUAGAAUGGAUCAACAUACAGUAGUAAGCAGAGACAUCUUUCUAUACAAGCGUAGGGUAAGAGAGAAGAACACGAGCGCGUGUAGAUUAUAAGGCUGUUGUAUAUGAACAAGGUUUUUCUCGUCGUA